AAGCGAGCAACUUAACUCCAAAGUCAAACAGCAAGUUAAAUUCUUUUCUAAAAAACGUAAAACCGAAAUCAACGCAUCAAUAAAAAUGUCUUACGUUAAACUCGUGAACACUUGCAACGCCAGCACUUUGGCUGAGCAAAGCAUCAACAAACCUAACUACACACCAGGCAAGGCGCUGAAAAAGGCAUUCAAAUUACUAAAAAGCGUUUUCAAGUCAACAACAGUCAGCAAAGCAGAUAUCAACAACAACGUAAAGCAGCAAAUCACAGACACAAAACCACAAGCGACAACUGAUGUGCCUCAAGCAGUAACCGAGCAGCAGCAGCAGACCCACGAAGACGAAGCAUCCACACUCAACGCUAGCAUAUUAACCACUUGCUCAACACUCAGCGCUGAGGAGUCCGAGAACGAAUUAAACGAGUUAGCUGAGUUGGCGACUAUAAACAAAUCGAUUACUGAUAAGUAAACCGCUGAAGUUGGUUACCACGCUGAACUGAUAUUCGUGGAUGUUGCUGCAUUCUUUUAGCAAGCCGCUGGUUCCUUCUAGGACCUGGUGCGUCCUUAAACCGCACCGCUUACAAUUUCACAACGAACGCUUUAUAUUCUCGGAGCUUUAAUAGUUUAUGUAUAGCCAAGCGUAUAUAUGUAUGUGUGUGAUGCAGUCGAACUGCCAAGCUUUGUUCUCGAUGUGCUCUCGCCCUUAAUUGUUCUACAUAACCACUAACACAUAUGUGUUUAACUCUUUGUGAGUGGAUGUGUAGACUGGCUAUUAACAUAAUAUCGAUGAACCACUGAAAGCUUUAAUUGUUUUUUAUCAUUUGUCUUCCAAAUAGUUUUAAGUCAGUAUAAGAGAACAUGUAUUUGGUCUGAAAAUUUUUUAUAUACAAUUUUAUUAUAAAACUGAAA